UGUCGCCAUAGAAACGGUUUGUUGAUAGUUUACGUAACGUUAAAGUGGCCUGAAUUCACAGCAAUAUGAAACUCAAGCGGUUCCUUCUCAGAUAUUAUCCACCAGGUAUAAUCUUGGAAUAUGACAAAGGAGGAUAUUUGAGGACCAAAUCAAUCGACCUUUUGGAUUUGACUCCCGGAACAAACCCAGAUGAGUUGUUGGCAGAAAUCAGACGAUCUGAGCCUCUGAUCACAGAGUCCCGGGCUGAUCAGGUCAAACAGCUGAUCCUUCGACUUCAGCAGAAACAGGGCCAGCAGGAUCACCACAGGUUCUGUUUCUUCAAGGAGCUUAAGGCACACAUACUGCCACUGACAAACAUCGCCUUUGACAAAUCAGGGUCAAGGUUUAUAACUGGAAGCUAUGACAGGACAUGUAGAGUUUGGGACACGGCUGCAGGCACAGAGCUGUACACGCUAGAGGGUCACAGAAAUGUGGUGUAUGCAAUUGCAUUCAACAACCCCUAUGGAGACAAGAUUGCCACCGGCUCUUUUGAUAAGACAUGCAAACUGUGGUGUGCUACGACAGGCAAAUGUUUUCAUACCUUUCGCGGACACAUGGCAGAAAUAGUGUGCCUGGCAUUCAACCCCCAGAGUACACUGGUGGCCACAGGCAGCAUGGAUGCCACUGCCAAGCUGUGGGAUGUGGAGACUGGGGAGGAGGUGGCCACUCUGAAUGGUCACACUGCAGAAGUCCUCUCUCUGUGCUUUAACACUGUGGGAAAUCAACUUGUCACUGGCUCCUUUGACCACACAGUUGCUAUAUGGGAUGUUGCUUCAGGAAGACGUGUCCACACUCUGAUUGGUCACAGGGGGGAAAUCAGCAAUGUUCAGUUUAACUGGGAUUGCUCCCUCAUAGUCACAGGCUCUAUGGACAAAACUUGCAAGUUGUGGGAUUCAGUCAGUGGGAAGUGUGUGGCCACCCUUGUUGGACACAAAGAAGAGGUGCUAGAUGUGUGUUUUGAUUUAAGCGGUCAGCUCAUUGCUACUGCGUCUGCUGAUGGUACAGCGCGAGUGUUCAGUGCAACCACAAAUCAGUGUCUGGUGACUCUGGAGGGCCAUGAUGGAGAGAUCUCCAAGAUCUGUUUCAGCCCGCAGGGUAACAGGGUCCUGACUGCCAGCUCGGAUAAGACAGCUCGCCUGUGGGAUGUUCAGUCUGGAGUCUGCCUACAAGUCCUGGAGGGGCACACCGACGAGAUCUUCUCCUGUGUCUUCAACUAUGAGGGUGACACCAUCAUUACAGGCAGCAAGGAUAACACAUGCCGGAUCUGGUACUGACCCCUUCCUUUGAACGUGUCAAGGCUCCAGCAGGCAUACACAUGGACACAACAGUCAAUUUGUGUUUACCACGUUCGACCCAUGUACAUCUUUGGAAUUGUGGGUUACCAACUGAAAAAUCUGCAGGUAAAAAUCUGGUCUACAGCGUCUGUGUAAGGUUAAAGUUGAUAACAAAUCAUUAUUGCUUGACUGUAUAACUUGUGUCUCUAAUGUUCACUUAUUCCCUGACUGUACUAACUUUGUACUGGGUUUGGCCAUUAGACCUAGCUAUUCAGUGACUGUGGCGUUAACAGUAGGGUAACAUUGCUCCUUAAAUGUCAUCUCAAGUAGUUUGAAUUCAACUUGUUGUAUUUGUUGCAAUAGCUAGACAUUUUGGGGCAUAGGCUUUCUUGCUGGAAGUGUCACUUUGAUGUCUGUGUGGCAAAUUUGGACAUAAAUAUUUACACAACAUAACUUGUUUUUACUUUUCUGUUUGUGUUGCGACUUAAACAACACGCUAGGAGCUAGCUGUUUCACCCUGCCUCUAGUUGUUAUACUAGGUUAAGCUAAUCAUCUUCUCACUCUAGCUACCUAUUAAAAGCAGACAGACACGAGUGGUCUCAAAUGUCUCAUCUAACACUUGGCAAGACAGUAAGUAAGCAUAUUUCCCCAAAUGUCUGACUUGUUCUUAUACUUACACUAGCUUGUUAUAAAAAUAAGGUCUGAACAUGAUGUGUAACGAUAACUGGUUCUAAAUUAAGCUGUGUAGAGAGAGUGUGAGCUAGACUCCAUAAUCUGAGCUGUAAAUAUCUCACAUUUAGUUUCUGUUCCAACAUGCUGCAGUAAUAAAAACCUUUAUAUUUAAUCAUA